AUGGUCGAUAAACCAAAAGAAGUCGUUUCAGAGGCGGAAGCCAAACAGCUCAAGACCAAGUUGACAGAUGUAGAAGGCAAACUAUCCAAGUUCAUUUUGAACACCGUCAAACGCCAAAUACUCCAUGAUAUCCGUUACCUGGAGAAACUAGCUCCUGCCAGAGCGGAGUCGACCUUCUACUCCCUGUUGGUAUUGGCCAUCUUGUACUUCACUCAUACUAUCGCGUAAGUUAUCAACCUCUUGUUUAUGUUUAAUCCAAAUAUGUUCUUUAUUAGAAUAAUCACUGACAUUGUCAUAGCAAGAUCUUCCGUGAUAUUAUAUUUAAAAUAUUUUUUUCAUUUUCAGUAUGCUUACAGUACUAUACCAGACCUGUAUGACAUGGUACUUCCAUCUUCAACCUAUUAAGGAUGUAAUGGACUUGUUAUUCAAGAAAGGUUUUGUUCUGGAACCUACCGUACUCAUGAUGGUACUCAAAUUCUCGGCCAAAUUCAUAAUAUUCCUGAUGGUAAUAACGAUACUGGUACACUUUAUGUUGCUCUACGUUACGGCUGGAGGUAAUACUCGAAACUUUUCAAUUUUAUUUGGAACGUCCAGACUAUUAAACUCGAUGUCCAUGCUCUUCUUUACCGUUAUCCGUAAGUUCGACAUGUCUUAAAAUUGUGUCAAUUUAUAAUAUAUCGACCUUCUCCCGUUAGUUUGGUACAAUUUUUGACCAUACCAAAUAGUACAUGACCAGUAAGUUUUAAUUACCGUUGACAAAAGUCUAUGUGUACUUUAUAAUGUUGUAUCUCCAUAAGGCAUCCUUUCAGUUGUUGUCCUACAGUUCCGCAGCUCUAUUUCAAAUACCUUAAUCGGACAUAUCGCUUUACAUGGUAUCGAUGCUAACGAGGUAAACGCAUACGACAUAAUACAGUACGAAUUGGAAUGUUGUGGAUUCCAGAAGAACGCCCUGGAUUGGCAGAAGCCUGUUCUCAUGAACUGGACCGACUCUGUAAGUAAGACCAUACUAUACAGUACAAUUUAAACUAUAAUGGGUCAAACUUAGUUUAAGACAACCUUUACCGUUUCCUUUGAAGUAAAACGUUUCAGUUUGAUAUCAAAAAGUUUGAAAUAACAAAUAACAAGGAGUACGAAAGCAACUGCAAGACCAAGGAUUCUCAAUGCCUAGUACCCAAAAGCUGUUGUACCAACUACAACCCUUCAAAGACACAAGGCUCCUUAUGUAACAACUACCAUUCUCUUACGCGAGCUCUCGAGUAUGCCAAAACCAAGAAUAAAGACCUGACAUACCAAGAGCUGAUACACUCAGAUGGAUGUAUCAAUGUUCUACAAAACUCCAUGGACCGAUGGUUCAUCGUCUUAAUCUCUGGACUAGUCUACCUGUUGGUUACAAUCGUUGUGACAACUUGUAUAGCAGCCAAUUCUAUUAGUGGCUCUAACGGACUAGGCAUUGUAGAUCCGGUCACGGAAGUGGUAAGUUCUUUGCAUUUUCAUGAUAUCAUUUUCAAAAUUUAAUUUCAGCCAUUACCAAAACAUAAGGGAUUGAGACUGGCAGAAGGACUAGACGCUCCCAACUUGAAACGACCGAUAUUCACCUUGAAUAACUCUUCUUCCGAGUAAGUCAUCAUUGUAUUUAAUUUACUAUUUAAGCCACAUAUGAUAAUCGUAGUACCGUAGAUGUGCACAGCAAUUUAAUGUUUCAGAGACAAUCAGCAAGAACAAGUCGUGCACGAUGCCAUUCAAGGAAAACGAAACCGGCAUCUGAAUCCGGAAGAUUCGAGCGACGACGGUCUCGAUAUGAAUCAAGAAGCCAGUUACCUUUCUCUCGGCCUAUGA